ACGCUUCUGCGCAGUCUGUGGUGGCGUCGUAACGCCUCGGGGAAGGGGAAGCCGGCUAAGGGUCGAACCGCUGCCUCUGGCUUUCAGUUUUUCUGCUGGCAGGGUUGGGUCACUGGCGCUUCGCCGUUUGUCUGUGGCACGCGUACAGCCUUCCCAAUUGCUUCCCCGCCCUUGGAUCCAGCCCUGUGUGCAUUAACGUCUAUUAUCCCACUCCGCCGCGAGUCCCCUCCGCGUCCCCUGGCACGGAGGCCGUAACUAUGGAGAAUAUGGCGGAGGAGGAGCUGCUACCCCAGGAGAAGGAGGAGGCCCAGGUCAGGGUCCCGACCCCGGCCCCGGAUUCGGCUCCGGUCCCAGCUCCGGCCGCAGAUACGGCUCUGGACUCGGCUCCGACGCCGGACUCGGAUCCAGCCCCAGCCCUUGCCCCGGCUCCGGCCCUGUCCCCGUCCCUAGCCUCUGUCCCCGAGGAGGCUGAAAGCAAGAGACACAUCUCAAUUCAAAGGAGACUUGCUGAUCUGGAGAAGUUGGCUUUUGGGACUGAAGGGGAUGCUGACUCCACCAGUUCAUUGAACUCAAAUAAUCUAGAAAACAGUCAGACUUGCCCACUGUGUCCUAAGGAAAAGUUCAGAGCAUAUAGUAGUCACAAGCUUCGUCGGCACCUUCAGAAUUUACAUUGGAAAAUCUCCGUUGAAUUUGAAGGCUACAGGAUGUGCAUCUGUCACUUAGCCUGCCGGCCGGUGAAGCCAACCAUUGUUGGAGAGCAGCUAUCCAGUAAAUUGGGUGCCCAUUAUCACUGCGUCAUUUGUUCAGCGACCAUCACCAGAAGGACGGACAUGCUAGGGCAUGUUAAGCGCCAUGUGAAUAAAGGAGAGACUAAAUCCAGGUACAUUGCUGCUUCUACUGCCAAAUCAUCUAAUGAAAUUUUGAAGGAGACAGACACAGAUAUACAAGUUUUUCCUAACUACUCUAUACCUCAGAAAACAGACUCAUAUUUUAAUCCCAAAAUGAAACUAAAUCGUCAGAUAAUAUUCUGUACGUUGGCUGCUCUGGCUGAGGAACGAAAACCUUUGGAGUGUUUAGAUGCCUUUGGAGCCACUGAGUCUUACUGUGUAGACUUGGCUGACCUGGAACUCACCAUGUACCCAAGGCUGGCCUCAAACUCAAAGAGAGUCUGAGUUCCACCUGCCUCUGCUGGGAAUUAAAGGCAUGCACCACCAUGUCCAGCUAAGUCUCUUCUUAAUAUGGUCUCAUAUCAUUUUGAGUGUAUAAAUGAAUGAGUGUGUGUGUGUGUGUGUGUGUGUGUGUGUGUGUGUGUUGUGCACUCAUGCAUAAACAUAAUAAUUAUUUAUUGACAUAACCAUUUUUUUGACAUGUAGUUUCUGGCCAUCUGGGUUUUUUUUUUUUUUUUUUGAUUGUCUCACUGUGGCUUCCUCAGGCUGGCUUUGAACUGGCUAUAUGACUGAGUAUGACUUUGAACUCCUGAUUCUUCUGCCUCUACCUUCUAACAGGCAUGUACUUAAAAUGUCUUGUAGGAAGGGAAAAAAAUGUGUGUGUGUGCGAGAAAGAGAGAGAGAGAGAGAGAGAGAGAGAGAGAGAGAGAGAGAGAGAGAGAGAGAGAGAGAGUUGCUUUUAAGACACCUAACUUUUCAGUGAUUAACUAUAACUUAAAUUUCUUUAAUUUGAAGCUUCAUCUUCUUCCCUGUUUCUCCCAAGGAAUAAUGGGAUUACAGUGGGCAAAGCACCUUGGAAAUGCAGUCAAAGUUACAAUUAAUGACUUGAAUGAAAACUCUGUGACUUUGAUUCAGAAAAACUGCCACUUAAACAAGUUGAAGGUGGUGGUGGACAGUGAGGAAAAGGAAGAAGGUGAUGUCCUUGAAGACGACGGCACUCUGGGGGACAUCCAGGUGACCAGGAUGGACGCCAAUGUUCUGAUGCACCUGAGGUCUUUUGAUUUCAUCCACCUGGAUCCCUUUGGAACAUCAGUGAACUACCUCGACUCUGCGUUCAGAAAUGUAAGGAACCUUGGCAUAGUGUCAGUGACUUCUACAGACAUCAGCUCCUUGUAUGCCAAGGCACAGCAUGUUGCCCGGCGUCACUACGGAUGUAACAUUGUCCGAACAGAGUAUUACAAGGAGCUAGCGGCCAGAAUUGUCGUAGCUGCAGUGGCAAGAGCUGCAGCACGGUGCAACAAAGGUAUAGAAGUGCUGUUUGCGGUGGCUCUGGAACACUUUGUGUUGGUAGUUGUGAGGGUCUUAAGAGGCCCUACUUCAGCAGACGAGACUGCCAAGAAAAUCCAGUACCUGAUCCACUGCCAGUGGUGUGAAGAGAGGAUCUUUCAGAAGGAUGGCAACAUGGUGGAAGAAAACCCAUAUAGGCAGCUGCCCUGUAAUUGUCAUGGAAGCAUGCCUGGCAAGACAGCGAUUGAACUGGGGCCUCUAUGGUCAAGUUCCCUUUUCAAUACUGGAUUCCUUAAAAGGAUGCUAUUUGAAUCUAUUCACCAUGGUUUGGAUGACAUUCAGCCGCUAAUAAAGACAUUAAUCUUUGAAUCAGAAUGUACCCCACAAAGCCAGUGUUCAGUUCAUGCUCCUUCAAAUACCAACAAGCAAGAAGAAAAUGGUGUAUUUGUUAAAACCACCGAUGAUACCACAAUAGAUAUUUACAGUGCACAGGGCAAGAGAAAAAGUAAUGAAGUGACCGUUAAUGUAGCCAAGAAGCAGAAGAGCGACGCCAGCACUGCCCACCCUCCCUUUUAUUACAACAUCCACAGGCACAGCAUCAAAGGGAUGAACAUGCCAAAGUUGAAGAAAUUUUUGUGCUGUCUUUCCCAAGCAGGCUUCCGAGUGAGCCGGACUCACUUUGACCCAAUGGGCAUCCGCACUGAUGCCCCUCUGAUGCAGUUCAAGUCUAUCCUGCUAAAGUAUAGCACCCCCACAUACACUGGAGGACACUCAGAAGGGCAGAUGCCGCCAGCCCCUGAGGACACAGUAACCGACAGGGUGCAGAUGUCUGUGAAUGACAAAGCGGAAGCCAGUGCCUGCAGACGAUGGUGACUUAGAGGGUGUCUUCUCAGGGUUCUGCAGUGGCCCAAGUCUGUAUGACUGCAAUCCUUUUUUUAUUCUUUCAAUUUAGUGAUAUAAGAUAAAAAAUUUAAAAAGCACUGUUUUCAUUCAGAAAAUUGGCUAUUUCUGACUUGGCUGGUGUGAGAGCGUUGCUUUUUAAGUUUUUAUUAUUUUAAAGAAAAAAAUUUAAUAAAAACAUUUGAAGCCAAAUUUCUGACUGUGAUCACAUUACUUACUGUUCAGUAAUUUAGAAAUGUUUUACCUGUAUUUCUUGGAAAUUGGAGCAUAUAAUAACAGUCAUCCUUUACCUUCUCUGAUACCUGGGAUUAAACCAAGAGGCUCAGGCUCUCAAGUUGCUGGAAUGCAGGCAUGCACCAAGUACCCAGCUUAGCGUUUAUUCUUAAUAUCUCUACUGGCUUAUGGUAUUUUUUCCUGUAUAUAGCAUAAAAUAAAGCUGGAUCCUUUUAUAUACUAAAAAUGACCUGUAUGAAAUCGUAAGAAUGUUGUUCUUCAGGAUGAUUUGCUUGAAAUACAAUUGUAAAAUACU